GCCACAAUCAAACUCGGGCAUCCCUCCCCGCUCGCUCGACUCGCGACCGUCACAACUUCCCUCUUGUCCCUCGUUAUCGAUAUCAGGCGGAUUGCAAGGCACUUGGUGUUCCUAGUGAUAUCAGAGCCGCAAGCAUGGCGGCAGUCCCCACCAUGGCCAACGAUGCCGGGAAGAUGUCGUUUGCAAGGGUUGCUGCUGCAUCCUCGUUCAAAGGCUCCAAGUCCACUACCACUAUUUCUAGAAUGCCAAACUCGACCCCUGCCAGAGGCAGGAAAGAUGACACUGCACAUACCCCAGGGGUCACUGCUGGCCCGACCUCUGCCGCUUUGCCCGCAGGCACCUCAACCGGCCCCGGCCCUUCUUCGGAUUCGCAGCAAACGUCAAAACGUGAGCAAUUCGACGAUGCUAAGAUUGUCGAUGGAAUCAAGGACCUUAAGCUCGAGACAACGUCGUCGCCGAACCUUGUCGUGAACGGUUCUCUAUCUGGCGGGACCGAGAAGUCGGUCAAAGCGGGCAACAGCCAGACUCCGUCAGAUGAGACGUCCCAGCGAGCCGAUUCCAGUUCUGAGCUGGGAACCAAGCCCCCGAGCCUGGAUGGUAAGAGCAUCACGUCGGGGACCACCUUCGCCCUGGACGAGAAGGAAUCGCUUCGCCCGGAUGAUAGCGCUAGCGUCAAGGCUGCGGCCGAGGAUGACGACUCAUUCUCGAUUCGUGGUUCAUACAUUGCUGGGUCUCGCAUGGGCUCGGACGUCGCCGCCCGCAUGCACCGUAUCCAGAUCGGGGAUAUGCCACCACGAGCUCUUCCAGCCCAUCAUCUCUUGGCUGGGAACAAGAGCCAGGGCGUGGUAACACCGCAGAGCGGCGCUUCCGACAAGCAGGCAGUUGCAGAGCCCAAAGUUUCGCCCCCCGACGUUCUGGCACCCAAUGCGUUCUAUAGCCAGAGUCCGGACGACAAGUUACUCGAGGCCAUGCAGUCUCCCAAAGACCGCAUCUUCUUGCUGAGGUUGGAGCAGCAGGUGAUCGAAUUUGUGCAGGACUCGAAAGAGCCGUACAUGGACUUGCCUCCGAGCAACUCAUUUUGCAGAAUGUUGACCCACAAGUUGGCCGAUUACUACCACAUGACGCACUCAUACGAGGCAGCUGCUGGCGCAGUACGCAUCUUCAGAACACCUUUCUGCAGGAUACCUCCGUCGUUGUCGAGUAUCGCGGCAAGCACACCGAGCAGCAGUUCCCCUGCGCCGGUCGUGCUACCGCGAAAGAUCAUGCGGCGCGGGGAGGAAGGAGAGCUAGGCACCCUGAGUGCAGGUCCCUCUAAGCCAACCUCGGAAGACGGCAGCGACUCUAAGGAGAAAGCCGUCGCCGCCAAGGAGAAACUUACCAGAGAAGAGCGUGAGGAGGCGUACAACAGAGCUAGGCAGCGGAUCUUUGGGAGCGUUGAAAAGACGGAAAAUUCGAACCAGGAGAACGAAGACGGUAACGGCGUAUCUCGCGCCAGCUCUGUAUCAGCCAAAGAUAGGACGAACGGUGGCAAGAGGAAACCGAACAAGCAACGCAGAGACGACGAAGGCUUUGAAUCGCGUUCUCAGUACGUUGCUUGGUGCGCUCCUCAGCAUCCGACUUGGGGACCCGCCGCUCCCCAAUAUUACCCCGUGAACGCGGCUCCGUUCAGCGCGCAGUUUCAGCAGCAGCCAUAUCCACAGUCACCGCAGCCGGUUUACGCACCCACCCAGCCGUAUACGCCGCAGAUGAUGCCUAACACUGCGUUCACUGCGCAAUACAGCGGGAUUCCAACCUACCCACAGCCGCCUAUGCCGCAGCCAGUGCCACAGCCGGUGCCGGUGCCGCAGACGGUGCCUCCCCCACCGCAGCAGGGUUACCGCACUCCAAACCCCCCAAUGGCCGCGCCGUACGGAAGUCCGGUGCCAAGUGUUCCUCAGCCCGCGUGGCCGGCGCAGCAAAGCUUCGGUCAGAAUACGUAUCCGCCGAGAGCGAGUCCGGUGGUGCCAGCGGGAAUCCCUUAUGCUUAUGGACAGCUCCCCGCGAACGCGAACCCAAACGACCCGAAAAGUCAACAUCCCAUCCCGGGCAGUUACAACCGUCAGGCCUUCAAUCCCAAAACGCAAUCAUUCGUUCCCGCCAACGGACUCCCGAUGCAGCCUGGACCACCCCCACCGCCGACUGGCCCUUACGGAGGGUCAAGUCCUCGCCACGGGAGUCCGCAGUUCAACUCGCCGCACAUGGGCUACAGUGGGUUCCAGCAACCGAUGCCACAGCCGGGUUUUGUGCCUGCGCCGGGCCCAUACAGCAUGACAAGGCAGGGUUCUAACAAUUCGAUCCCGCCGUAUCACGUAGUGCAGCAGGGUCCCCAUGUGCCGGCGCCUCACGGGCCACAGCAUAUGCCUCCUCCGAGCGGUCCCAUGCACAUGGCAAACAAGCCUGGCGGGCCCUCGGGACCGGGCCCGAACCAGGCGUUUAGUCAUCUACCAACCUACGGCAACCCUGCGACGUUGCCGCAUAAGCCUUCUGCUUAGGAGUCGGAGCAUCAGGCGGUGUCGGGAGUCAAACAAAUACUGGAUCAUAGGCGCAAUAGGUUGGGAGCAUGUAUCGCGGCGUUUUGGGAGUAGGAAGGUUGGUGUUUGUUGGAGAAAAGCUGCGCUAGAACACGCACUCUCUGCUCAUUUUAAGGGUCAAUGAUAAAAGAAGGCGGCCGGGGUGGGCAGUUCUGCUAUGUAUCCAGCAUCGAACUUGCGGCCACACAUUCAAGAUUAAUGCGGAUAUAGCUCGGAUCACGACAGAACCAGACUUAUAGAUGUGCCGAAUAUAAAUUACGGGAGGAUGUUAUCAAUUUCAUGGUCAAGCAAGCCUCAUUCCACCUCGUGAGCUUAUAUGCCU